AUGGAUUGUUUAUUGGAUGUUUUCUCUUUUCUAUCAACUUCUCAAAUUGUCAAAUUCUCAUUAGUUUCAACCCAAAUGGCAAAAUUUUGUGAUUAUUUAUUAAAUAAAAGAAGUUUUACUUUGUGCUCUAUAAAAAUAAGUAAAGAGUGGAGAAAUAAUUUUUAUGGAAUUUAUCAAUUAAAUUAUCCUCGGAAACGUCUUGGAAAUUUAAUUUUGCCUUUAGAAUCUCUUCCAGUUUGGAUUAAUGGAAUUGAAAUGAUACAAUUUAUAAGUAUGAUAAUAUUUGAUUCAUUUUUUAAAAUUUAAUUAAUAUUAAUUAAUGAGGACGUGGGGGAGAUCUUUUUUUAUUAUAGAGAUUGGGGGAAGUCCUUGCCUUUGACUGACUAAGUUUGUACAAGUUUUUAAUUCGAAGAAAAAAUUGGAUUUUUCGGCUGA